UUCACGCUCUGUGACACAUAAUUGUAACAGCGCUAACAAUGAAGAGGAUUACUUGACAACUUACUGACUACGCAAGUAGCCGUGAAUUAAAAUUAAUUCACUUUAUAACAUGGACAUUAACGUCAUGCUAGCAAGUAUCCGCUAGCCGGACUGCUUCAAAGUUUAACUUGCUCUGCAUUCUUCCGUUUUAUGACGAGCAUCCCGAACUGUUACUUUUGCCUUAUCGAGGUGCCAGCCUGCUGGAGUCAAAAUGCCCAAGAAAAAGACCGGUGCCAGGAAAAAGGCAGAGAAUCGAAAGGAGCGAGAGAAACAGAGCCGAGCCAACCGGGAUCAGGUUGAUUUAGCCAAACACCCCUGCAACUUCAUCAUGGAAUGUGAUAAAUGUCAGAGAAAACAGAAGAACAGAGCUUUCUGCUACUUCUGCAGUUCCGUGCAGAAACUUCCCACAUGUGCGCAGUGUGGUAAAACCAAAUGCAUGAAGACUUCGGACUGCGUUGUCAAGCACCCUGGCAUCCACAGCACUGGAAUGGGCAUGGUGGGGGCGGUGUGUGACUUCUGCGAAGCCUGGGUGUGUCACAGCAGGAAAUGUUUGAGCACUCACGCCUGCAUGUGUCCCCUGACGGAAGCCGACUGCAUUGAGUGUGAACGCGGCGUGUGGGACCACGGCGGGCGUAUUUUCCGCUGCUCCUUCUGUCAAAACUUCUUGUGCGAGGAUGAUCAAUUUGAGCACCAGGCAAGCUGCCAAGUCCUUCAGGCAGAAACUUUCAAAUGUGUUUCCUGCAAUAGACUGGGCCAACACUCGUGCCUACGCUGUAAGGCAUGUUACUGUGAGGACCACGCCAAGAGUAAGGUCUUCAAGCAGGAGAAGGGCAAGGCGCCUCCGUGUCCAAAGUGUGGCCACGAGACACAAGAGACCAAAGACCUCAGCAUGUCCACUCGCACGUUGAAAUUCGGACGCCAGACCGGCGCCGGCGAGGACGACGACGACGACGACUACGGCGCAUCAGGCUACGAUGCAUACUGGAAGAAUGUUGCGUCAGGAGGCGGAGGACACCAAGCGGACGACUACGACGACGACGACUAUGAAGAUGAUGAUUAUGAUGAAGAUGAUGAUGAGGAAGAGGAGGAGGAAGAUGAAGAAGAAGAGGAUGAAGCCAGAGAAGGAAUGGCUGCUCUUAAAUUAGAUGGAAAUGCCGCCUGAUCUGGCAGGUGGCUUUUUUUUUUUUCCCAUCACUUGACAACUUUUUUUUUGACUGUUCUUUGUCAAACAUGAUGUGUUCAACUGUUGCCAAACACGCAGCAACAACAACUCAAUAAAAUGAUUAUGUGUUGCCAGUG